CGGAGAGUCAUCUCCAGCCCUCUCCUCACUGGACAACGGACGCCCAGCUCCGUGUUGUGAAGCCAUCAGCUCGCCUUUUCCGCUUUCCCGCCCUCCUUCCCUUUCUUCCCCUCAUGAGGGGGUGGUGGUUUCUGUGCGUGGUUUCUGGUGAGGGGUCUAUCUGUCGUUCGCGUGGAGAAUUAUUCACUGUCUCGUCGAGGGGAGGAAGGAGGGGAGAGGAGAGGAGAGACCUGGACCAGGAGAUAUAGAUCGAGUACUUUAUAAUAUAUAACACCCCCCCGAGAACCUUGGUAGCAAUCAAUUCCCCCAAGUUCCUCUCCCAAAGCUAUCCUUCCACCAAUCACAUACCUAAAUCGUUCUAUCAAAAUGGCCGCUCCCUCCCUCCACCCGCUCGUCGACAACGGCGUCUCGCAAGGAAAAGCCAACUUCCCAGGCGGGAACCUCUACUGCCACUGCCCCUCCAACAAAGUCACCGUCAAGCUCACCUCGGACGUCCUCCACAACCACGCCUGCGGGUGCUCCAAGUGCUGGAAGCCCGCGGGCUCGCUCUUCUCCGUCGUCGGCGUGGUGCCUACCUCUGCGCUGUCUGUUACUGCGAACAACGACAAGCUGUCUAUUGUUGACAAGAGUGCGCCGAUCCAGCGCUAUGCUUGCACUGGGUGUGGCGUGCACCUGUUUGGUCGGAUUGAGGUCGACCACCCGUUCAAGGGAUUGGACUUUGUGCAUGUUGAGCUGAGUGAGGGGAAGGGUAAGGAGGGGUGGCAGGGCGUGCAAUUCGCGGGCUUUGUGUCCAGUCUUAUUGGGCAGGGGUUGGAUCCGGAGGUUGUUCCCGGUGUGCGUGAGAGAUUGGGCAAGUUGGGUCUGCAGAGUUAUGAUGCCCUUAGCCCGCCGCUGAUGGAUGCUAUUGCGACGUAUACUGCGAAGAAGGAGGGGGUUGUGUUUAAGCCCUCCCUUUAGAUUAUGAUGUGAUGAUGAUGAUGACGGCGAUGUUGGUUGUUUAUUACUGGUGAGGGGUAAAAUGUUAUAACAAGGGUUUAUGUUAUGUCUCCAAGAGACGGGGAGUAUCCUGUAUUAUAGCAAAUGAAAGCAUUCUACAGGGAAUUUUAUUUCUGUUGCUCUGUGCAUUGGCUUGUAUAAGCUUCGUAUAGCCACAACUUCGCUCAGCUCUUGGAGAUAACGGAGGGAUAUUUAGCACGAGGGCUGUCCAAGAAAGAUGUCCUUGCAGCUACGAGAUAAAAUAGACAAGGUAGAGCUAGUCAUUGAGCGAAGCAUAGUAUGUACAAU